GUCGGACUCAGCAUGCAAGCUUAGCAGAUUGUGCUGUGCUGGACGGUGACCAGGAAGAGAAGCAGCUCCGGCAGACAUCUCCGCUGCAGGACGAGGGUUUCCACGCAGCGCUGUGAGGAGGAGACCACACUGAGGAAGAGAGAUGCUGACUCAGCUGGUUUUAGGUUGGACUGCCUUGUUCAGUGGCUUCCAGCCGGCUGCUCCCUCUGUCACAGCCAGAUUUCUGUCUGGCAGAAACAGCAGGUGGACCGUUAAGAAAUGUGAAGUCUUCAUCCCUCCUCCUCUUCCACCACCUUUGUUUCCUCCAGUCAAACGGAAAGCAGAGCUGAUGGUUGACAUAACAGAACACAUUACAGGAGCGAAGGGGGAAAAGGGCUGCAGAGGACCCAGAGGACCCAAGGGCCAGCCUGGUGUGAUGGGUCCAGUUGGAGACCCUGGAGCACAAGGAGCCAUUGGACAGCCAGGUCAAAAGGGGGAGAAGGGAGACAGAGGCUGGAGGGGCCUGUAUGGAGACAUAGGAACUCCUGGGACGAUGAAGGGCAGUAAGGGGCGUAAGGGAUUCAGGGUAAGUGGCUAUCAUGCUGAAUGUCCUUUUUUCUUUUUUAUACAGUGGCAUUUCCAAAGAGCAACACUACUGUUUGCCACUUAUUUCAUCUCUAUUUAUUGCUGUCUUCCCUGUAGGGUGAUAAAGGUGUAAAAGGAAACAGAGGACCCAAAGGAAAAAUGGUGAGGAAAAAUGUUUCAUUUCCUGUAUCUGGAAAUGUGACACAAUUAUAUGAAUGAAGUGUUCAUACCAAUCUGUG